AGCGAGCAGAGACGCGGCCGCGUGAGGAGACUCUGUAGGAGGACUACGACGCGGGACCGGAGCAGCGACGGCCAGCGGACAGGGCCCACGAUGUCCAGCGAAGUGCAGAGACCGGACGACAGCCCCAGCACCAGCGGGGGGAGCUCGGAUAUCGAACAAAGGGAGUCGGUGCCCGCCGAGCAUGAGCGAGAGCAAGCACAGCCCAAAAAGAAGGAGACCAAGAUCUCGAGUAAAACCGCUGCUAAACUUUCAACGAGUGCCAAGAGGAUUCAGAAGGAGCUUGCAGAAAUAACACUUGACCCGCCUCCAAACUGCAGCGCCGGCCCCAAAGGGGACAACAUCUACGAGUGGAGGUCGACCAUCCUGGGACCCCCGGGCUCCGUGUACGAGGGAGGCGUCUUCUUCCUGGACAUCGCCUUCACGCCGGACUACCCGUUCAAACCCCCCAAGGUAACCUUUCGUACGAGGAUCUAUCACUGCAACAUCAACAGUCAGGGGGUGAUCUGUCUGGACAUCCUGAAGGACAACUGGAGCCCCGCGCUCACCAUCUCCAAGGUUCUGCUGUCCAUCUGCUCCCUGCUCACAGACUGUAACCCAGCCGACCCUCUGGUGGGAAGCAUCGCCACACAGUACCUGACCAACAGAACAGAGCAUGACAGGAUAGCCAAACAAUGGACGAAGAGAUACGCCACAUAGACCAGCAGCCACCCCCCCCUCCUCCACCUCCCUCACCCCUCACUGUACCUCUCUCUACCUCUCUCUCUCUCUCUCACCCUUAAGGCCUUCACACAACGGGGGCGUGACGGACAAAACGACACGAAAAUGCGAUACUCACGUGCAAAUAUUUUGCAUUAAAACUAUUCAGUUGAAACGCUUUUUCAGUAAAAGGUUGCAGGCAGAGGAUCAACUAUCAGGAGAUUAUUGAUUAUUGAUCGUAUUGUCUGUCUGAGGUGAACUGUUGCGUAGCUUAAACUACUGUAAGAUAUCUUUUUGAGUUUCCUUUUAGCGAAAUGCUCUUGAGUGAAUUUGAGUUAGCUCUGCUAAACAAUUGUACAUGUCUAGGGGGCUUUUAUUUUGAAAGGUAAGAACAGAAGGAGUGGAUCUGGUCUGCCUUUUGUCGAGGUUGAAAGUAGUAAUAAAGUUUGCCGUCUUGGUUUAGACUAUGGAGCCUCUGUGUUGUUGUGUCAUGAAUAUAAACGCAACUCAACUUCUGUAUUAAAGACGUUUAAUGUUCAACAAUAGUUUGCAAAAAAAUAUAUUUACGUGCAAAUGAAUCGCACAAAAAAUACAAAAACGCCCCCAGUGUGUAGAGGCCUUUAGUCUGUCAAAGCACACUCACUAAGUGCAACAGUAAACCCUCCCUCCUAUCACCCUCCUCCUCCUCCUCUUCCUCCACCUCAACAUUUUAUCUACCUUUUCUGUGUUUAAAAAAAAUCAACAAAAAAAAAAUCAAUGAAGACAAAAAAAUGUCCUUUUGUUCCUUGUUGACUUGAAAGCUUCUUUUUUAUACAAAGAGUAGAUUGGGAUUUUUAUUUUCCAAUAUCUGAAUGUUGGAAGUAUUGUAUUGGAGCAAAAAAAAAAAAAAAAAAA